AUGUCUGCCGAGAUUAAAAUCGAAAAUGGGGAUAGCGAUGGGGACAACGUCCAAUUUACGAAACCGCUUGUCGAGCCACUUAGCUGGACAAUGCGCCUUAUUGCGUCGGAUAGCUUUAAUGCACCAAUGGCCAUUGAAUAUCUGCAUAUUUUGCAUGACAAAGCAUCGCUCUCAAAAUUGGGCAAGCGAUUGUUUUAUCUUCCAGCGAAUGAAGUUGACUUUUUCCUUCCACAGUUAAUGUACAUGUACGUUAACAAAAUUGAUGCUGCUAGUGUGUCUCAUGCGUAUAUUGAGUCAAGGAAUCAGGACAAUCCGCAAUUUUCAAUUUUAUGCUCAUGGCUUCUAGAUUGUUAUAUUCCAGCAGUUUUGCCUGGUAAAUUACCAAACCAUGCAAUGAUGUUACGGGGUAUGAUGCGAAACGACUCAGCAUUGUACGAGAUAAAGCCAUUAGAAGCUUCGGAGAAUAUUAAUGAAUGUGGAGUUCAGCCAUUGUCGGAAGUUCCAACAACGAGUGAAUUAAUAAAUUUCGAGCAUAGAUUCGUUGAAAGACUAACUACUAUUGGAAGAAAAUUGGCAAUUGCUCAUCUAGCCGACUCAAAGCAUAAAAAGAUGUCUGCGCUAAAAUUGGAACUUCAACUACUUAACAAUAUGCUUCCCGCGCCUGUUUGGAUUCCAUUCGCCGAGGAUCACUACAUCCUUCAGAUUUGCUAUGAGGAGUCAUCCGUGUUGAAUAGCAAAGACAAAGUUCCUUAUAUCAUGUUUGCCGAGGUUCUUCGAUCAUCGGAACGUUCAAAAAUCAAAAUUCCACAUAAAAAGUCGACGGAGAUGGAAAAAAACAACGCCGGAACUCCAACAAAAGUCAAAUUCUACCAUGACACUUCCGAUCCAUCGGCUGCAGUUUUUGCAGAGUCUUGGCAUGAUAAGCGCGAGCGUAUUCGAGCAUGCAGCAAUUAUGGCGGUUAUGAUGAAUGGGAUUUGAUUCCUGUUAUUGUCAAAUAUGGAGAUGACCUGACACAAGAAUCAUUUGCACAACAGCUUCUACAAACGUUCAAGGACCUUUGGAGAGAAGAGGGUGUUCCUUUAUAUGUGAGACCUUACAAAAUUGUGUGCGUUGGGCCGGAAGCUGGGCUCAUUGAGCCCGUGUUGGAUACAUUGUCGCUUCACCAGAUCAAACGGCAUUUGACGAAUGUGUUUCGACAGAAAGGAAUCCCACUUACGCCAACAUUGAGAAAUCAUUUUGAAGACAUGUUCGGACCACCAGGAAGUGAGAGAUACGUCAAUGCCCAAAAGAAUUUUAUUCAAAGCACUGCUGCGUAUAGUUUGAUAAGCUACUUCCUACAGCUCAAGGAUCGACAUAAUGGUAACAUUCUUCUUGAUCUUGAAGGUCAUCUUAUUCAUAUCGACUACGGAUUCCUCCUUUCAUCAUCUCCAAGAAACUUGGGAUUCGAAACUGCUCCGUUCAAGCUCACCACUGAAUUAAUCGACGUUAUGGGAGGAUAUGACAGUGAUAUGUUUCUUUACUACAAAAGUUUGCUGCUCCGCGGUUUGAUGGCAGCUCGAAAACACCACCGCAGAAUUGUAUCGCUUGCUGAAAUAAUGUCUAAUGGCUCAAAAAUGCAAUGCUUCCGCGCAGGACCUGAAACAGUUCGAUCCCUUGAAGCAAGAUUCCAUGUUUCGAGCACAGACGAGCAACUUCAACAACUGGUUGACGCUCUUGUUGAUGGGUCUCGAGACAGCUAUACUACACGAUUCUAUGAUUCGUUUCAAUAUUACACCAAUGGAAUUCAUUGA